GAACGGGACUUUUAUUUUGGUGUGGCUACGUGACGUCAUAAGGCUGCGCCGCUCCGCGCUGCAGCGUCUCUGCUGAGAUUCUGCUGAAGAAAGGUUUGUUUUACAACAAACAGAACAACAGAAAAGAGAAACUCCUGCUGAAGCACACUGUUAUAAAGAUGGCGUUUAUUAAAGAGGAGAGUGAAGACCUGAAGAUUGAAGAAGAUUUCAGAGUCAAACAUGAAGAUACUGAGACACAACAAACAGAGAUGAUGUUUAUUAAAGAGGAGAGAGAAGACGUGAAGAUUGAAGUCAAACAUGAAGAUACUGAGGAACAAACAGAUCUGAUGGCGCUGAAAGAGAAGAGUCGGGAACUGAAUGAAACGGAAGAAAAAAAUCUGACUGAGAAAUGUUAUGAUGUCAUGGCUGGGGAAACAUCUUUUAGUUACUCUCAGACUCAUAAAAGAGAAACUAGAAAGCCUGAAGUCCAGAUGAGAGUUCACACUGAAGAGAGACCUUUCACCUGUCAACACUGUGGAAAGAGUUUCAGUGGAAAACACAACCUUACAAGCCACUUGAAUGUCCACAAACGCAAACCUUAUACAUGCAAACGGUGUGGGAAGAGUUUCAGUGGAAAACUAAACCUUACAAGCCACUUUAAUAUCCAUAAACGCAAACCUUAUACAUGCAAACGGUGUGGGAAGAGUUUCAGUGGAAAACUAAACCUUACAAGCCACUUUAAUAUCCAUAAACGCAAACCUUAUACAUGCAAACGGUGUGGGAAGUGUUUCAAACUAAAAGGAAGUCUUAAGACUCACAUGAGAGUUCACUCUGGUGAAAAGCCGUUCAUAUGCUUUCAGUGUGGAAAGAGUUUCAGUCAAAAAGAGAGUCUUAAUGGCCACAUGAGAGUUCACACUGUAGAAGGCCCUUUCACCUGCAAACUGUGUGGAAAAUGUUUCAGUCAAAAGGCAAACUUUGAUGGCCACAUGAGAGUUCACUCUGGAGAGAAGCCGUUCAUAUGCCCUCUCUGUGGAAAGAGUUUCACACUGAAAAAGAAACUUACAGCCCACUUGAAGAUUCACACCGGAGGCAAUCCUCACACCUGCAAACUGUGUGGGAAGAGUUGCACAUCAAAUACUCAUCUGAUGACUCACAUGAUAGUUCACACUGGAGAGAAGCCUCACACCUGCAAACUGUGCGGGAAGGGUUUCACAGAAAAUGCUCAUCUAAUGUCUCACAUGAGAGUUCACACUGCAGAGAGGCCUUACACCUGCCCUCAGUGUGGAAAGAGCUUCACGGUUAAAGGAAGCCUUAGGACUCACAUUAGAGUUCACACUGGAGAGAAGCCUUACAAGUGUGUUCAGUGUGACAUGAGUUUCCCAUAUCACAUAAGCCUGAAACGGCACUUAAAAACUCAUUCUGGAAAGAAUUCCUCGUUUCCCAUGUGACAAAAGCUUUAGAAAUAAUGCAUUCACUCUGGAGAAAGACAGUUCAAUUGUGAUUGGUGUAAUAAAAACAGCAGACUUACAAAUAUGUGAAAAGUCAUUCAAUUGUGACCUUGUUUGUGUUCUUUAUUUUUAAUAAA